UUCAUGCGCCACCUAGCCUCCGCAGCGUUCUCCAUCCGCGCAGCACCAUCACGAAGAUGCCGAGAAAACGCUAUUAGCGAUAUUCCGAAGGUGCAUUUUCACCUUUUUGCUAUUACAUGUCAACAUUAUCAUGUCCUCUUUUUGAUGCAGUGAGCUUGCAUUUUCGUUAGAAGACGACUGGGCUCAAUGCGUCCGGAAAAUCAAAGGGAGAUGCCGUUUAACUGCGUAAACAUGAUGGCUCCGGCUCAGCAUCAUCGACUAAUUGCAUUUGCUUUGCUUUUAUGUUUAGUGAAUAGUGUACACACCCGGUCCUCGCAAAUAUCGGAUCUUAAAUCUAAAAUAUCUGGAGUAGAGGAACUUUUGGAAGAAUUCCGUAAACAGCUCCAACAGGACCAAACAUAUCCCGAAGAGGUGGAUGUGGCUGACGUGUGCCUGGGUGAUUUCACCGCUGUAGAUGAGCACAUUAUCCGAGCCAGGGCCUCCAUUGAACAAGGGGCUACUUUCCUCUCGGCUCCAGAUAGGGUGUACGGCUGGAAAGACUGUGUUCAUGCCUGCUGCUCAGACCCGCAUUGCUCAGUGGCUGUGGUUCAGGAGGACCUCCGACAGUCGGACGAAAGUCUGAGCUGCUACCUGUUCAAUUGUACAUAUAAAAAUAAAAACGUUUGCUCGUUCUCACCUCAGCAAGGGUUUUCCACCUACAACCGGGGCCACAACACAACAGGACACCACCCCGCCCCCAGAGGCCAUGGAGAUGGAAGUAAAGGGGUCAGUUCAGGCAGGAGAUUGGAGGAGAAACCCACCAUUGAAUAUGGAUCUCAGAUGCAAGACGUGGACGAGCCGCCCCGCAGUGAUGCAGGCCAGGACGUGGUCAUUCAGCUGCCCACGGACUGGGCCGUGCUGGACGGGAGAGAUAGCGUGGGACACGACAUUUCUCGCUACGAAUGGACCUUAAUCAGAGGAGGUUCUGCCAUCAACAUGAGGGUGACCCAUCCAGGGUUACUGAAGAUAAGUGAUCUCCAGCAGGGCGUGUACGUGUUCCAGAUGAUCGUCACCGACACGGCAGGACAGAAGAGCUCAGACAACGUCACUGUCACAGUGCUGGCACCAGAGCGCCAGGCGGAAGUCUGUACAGGUCACUGCACGCGUUACCAGUUCAACUGCGAUGAUGGCUGCUGCAUCGACAUCAGCUAUGCCUGUGAUGGGAAACAGCAGUGCCCGGAUCGUUCUGACGAGGCCUUCUGCCAGCGCUUUGAAGGCAACAGAAAGACAGUGACUCACCCCGCAGGUAUACCCAGCCCUCACAGGCCCGCUGUGGACCAGAACCAAGCAGAUGACGACCGCCCCAUGGUGCCUACCGGGCCCAGGACAGCCAUAGAUGAACCUCCCAGACCCUCCCCACACCGCACCCAGGGCGAGGCCCAAGGGUCUGGUUGCCCCUGCGCUGUCCCAGAGCCAUAGCCAGGCAGGAUGCCCCAGUCGCUCAA